AUGAUAGAAAGUCGAAAACUUCUGGGGACUGGCGAGCGAUGUUCAGCAAUCGGUUUGGAUGUGGGUUCGCUGGGAGGUCACCAAGCUACAAGGUCAAAAGCUGAGGUAGUCCAGUGUUCAGAAAGAGCGAAUGGGGCCCCAGGGCUUUCCACUCCAUGGUGCACGACAGUUGGGCAGCAACCAGUUUCGCCAGCAAAAUUGGUUGGGGUUGGAUCAAUGCCCAACUCUUCUCCCAAGUAUCGAAGGCGGGGCACAAUCGACUGCAUAAUGCUAGACUCCAGCGGAGCUCGAAAAUAUGUCGAAAUUAAGUCGAAAAAGUAUCAAAAUGUCCAUCUUCAAAAGUUCAAGUGGGGAACGGAACAAUUCUCGUCCCACUGA